AUGGCCAAGGAAGCCGUCCUCUCUUCAGCCACCAGCGUCGACGUGGGCGACGAAGCCCCUCACGACACAGUGCACGCCCGCAUUGAGGGCUCGCCUCUGCCGUGGUACAUGCAGACAAAGCUGCGCGAGCUCUACCUCAAGAUGAUCAUUUUGUUUUUGGGGUCGACCACGCUAGGCUACGAUUCGAGCCUGUUGAACGGGUUGCAAACGAUGGACUCCUGGCAGGAAUUCUUCCAUCAUCCUAGGAGCAGCCGCUUAGGCAUUUUCGGCGCCAUCCCCGGCUUCGGUGGCCUCUUCAUCCUAUUCUUCGCCCCCUACGUUGCCGACAUCCUGGGCCGUCGGUCAGCCAUUGCGGUCGGCUGUCUGUUCGUCAUCCUCGGCGGUUUGCUACAAACGUUUCCACCGGCCCACAACCCCAACGCCAUGUACCUGACCGGCCGCUUCAUCAUCGGCAUGGGCGCCAACUUAAACAACGGCGCCUGCCCGCUGCUGAUCACCGAGGUGGCCCACCCGCGGCACCGUGGCCGGGUGACAACAAUCUACAACACGCUGUGGUACCUCGGUGCCAUCCUUGCCGCGUGGAUCAGCUUUGGCACGCUCCGGAACCUUUCGGGCAAUAAGGAGUGGCGGCUGCCGACGGGACUACAGUGUCUCAUGCCUGGCAUCCAGCUGCUGCUUCUCUGGCUGCUGCCCGAGUCUCCACGCUGGCUCAUCAGCAAGGGCAGGUACGACGAGGCCAGAGCACUACUGGUCAAGUACCACGGCAACGGCAUCGAAGACGCGUUUGUGCAGUGGGAGUUUGCCGAGAUCAAGAGCACGCUGCAAGCGGAGCAGGAGGUCGCUUCGCGCAACGGCUGGUUCGAGCUCGUCCGCACCCGGGGAAACCGCAAGCGGUGUCUGCUGAUCAUCGCCACGGCCAUCUUUUCACAGUGCAGCGGAAAUGGACUGGUGUCGUACUAUCUCUCGUCGGUCCUGAAAACAAUUGGCUUCACAGACUCUAUAACCCAGUCGGAGAUCAACGGCGGCCUCACCAUCUGGUGCUUCAUCGUGUCGCUGGGAGCGGCCUUUAUUGUCGACCGCGUUGGCCGCCGGGUGCUUUUUUUGUUUUCCGGCGUUGGCAUGCUGAUCACUUUCAGCAUCUGGACCGCCUGCAGCGCCAUCUACGCCAAGACGGGAUCGGCCGCAACCGGCAGUGCCGUGCUGGCCAUGAUCUUCCUCUUCUACGGUGUGGCCGGUGCUGCCUGGCCGGGCCUGACCGUCUCCUACACGGUCGAAAUUCUGCCCUACAACAUCCGGGCCAAGGGACUGAUGCUGUGCUUCUGCUUUACGUGUCUGAGCGGCAUCUUCAACCUAUACGUCAACCCAGUCGGGUUGGAUACCCUGGCGUGGAAGUGGUACUUUUUCUACAUUGCCGUCCUGGUGGUGGAGUGCCUUAUCAUCUUCUUCUUCUUCGUCGAGACCAAGGGCCCCACGCUCGAAGAGAUUGCCGUGCUGUUCGACGGCAAGGACUCGGCCACUGCGGCUGCACUGGUGGAGUCGCAUCAGCAGGUGAGCAGGACCGGGGCCACCAAGCAGGAGGGCCAUGAGUAG